UCCUCCCAGACAAACUUCCUCAAACUCGGUCUGAUCGCGUGCAGCGCGCCAAUGGAGAUCGGAAGCCCUUUCUUAGAUUCGACUUCGUUUUCUGUCGGUGUCUGAUCUGAGGAGGCAGAUGUCGUGGCACGAGGAUCUCGCCAGGAACCUUUCCAGAUUCUUUUCCAGAAAUAAGUCCGCGGACAGCGAGGGCAACGGAAGUGAGGUCAGUGAGGUCAGAGAGGCUGAAGGAUCUGGUCUUCAUGGAGCACCUGAGGACCUGAGCUCGUCUGCACAGGAGUCGCAGCCGUCUGACGGAGACACAGCGUCACAGAGCGAGGACGGAUGGCGAGAGGAGGCCUCUGCUGCGCCCCCUGCAGACGGCUUCCUCCGACGCCUGGGCAGCCUGCUCCACUUCAGUCGGCCAGAGCUGAGCGCAGUCCAGCGGGAGACGCUGACCACGUCCCAGAGAGACACACACACCAGCGCAGACACGCAGCGGAGCCGAGCCGAGCCGGAGCACACACACACACCUUCAGAGGAGCAGACUGAGGAAGAUCGAAGUGAUGCCGCACACAUCGAAGCCAAAGAGCGCUUGGAGGAUAAGAGACGUUAUGAUCUAGCCUGUCCUCCUGUAGUAACGUACGGCACAUACCGUGGAUUGAGGGAAGUCAAGAAACCAAAGAAGAAGCAUCACGUUGAGCUUCAUUCGCCCAUCUCUGAGGGUGAAGAGGCUACGCAACCCGAGGGCCAUGAGGACAACAAGAUUUCCUCCUUCACUGUGAACACUAUGAGCUCUGAAAGUCAUGAAAGCCCCACUGCCGUAAAUCAAACAGCUGCUUUACAGCAGAUAGAAUAUGUGUCGGCUCAAUCAGACAAGCUUCUCACUGUUGAAUCUGAACUAACUCUGCUCCACCAACUCCCUUAUGCUGCAGACUCUAGUCUGUUACUUGCCUGUGUGGAGACAGACUCGGUUUACAAGAUUCUUCAAGAGGAGAAAAGUGACAGUGGACUUAAGAGUGGGCAGGAGCAUUUUGCUCAGAGUACUACACUUGAAAGCUUCUCAGGGGAUAGUGAUGAUCUGAAGGAUUCAGACCAUCACGACACUGUUCCCACUUUAGACCAGAGAUCAUCAUUAAUUGUAGACAGAACAGAUGAUCUAGCCCCUGAUUCUCAGGCGUGUUGGAUUGCAGAGGAGUUCAGUCUGAAACGUGCAGGGGUGGAUGAAGAAGUCCUGCGACUGGCAUCUAAAAAUAUGGUGGAUAGCAUUCUGACAAAUGCCCUCGCUGCCCUGCAGAAGAUGGAAGAAUGCGAGAUGGAGGGUGAGGUCCUGUCAACCCUUGAACCAAGUGAGGGCUCAGAAGCGACACCCUUUGAAAGGUUAGAUGGAGGCAAUAAUGCAGAGCAUCAGUUUUGCGUGGCAUUAACAGACCAGGUUCUUGAGGAAACGCUUGCAGGCCAUGUGGACUGCAGCAGGUCGCCGCCCUCCUCAGGGUACGAGUCCAUCGCUGGCUCUGACACGGACAUCAGGUGCAUUGUGGGCGUGGCCUCUGACAUCACCGCCGCCAGUGCUCCAAUCAGCUCUCAGAACGAGAAUCAGGCCUUUCUUGAAUAUCUCUUUGAAGAAAAGAACACGGAUGGAACCUGUAAGAGCAUUGAUAGCGCUGCUGCUGAUGAGACGUUAUCUCACAGUCUUAAGGACUUUCUUCAUGAAAUGGAUAUCAAGGACUCGUCAGAAGAGCACAUGGGGGAAAAGGAGUGGGUAAAACGGGAAAAGCGAUCUCAGGAUACAGCCAAAGACAACGCAAUGAGCAAUAACUGCAGACUAAGCGUGAUUGACUCCUGUGCUCCAACUACACAUCAGGAGAGUCUUCAGCAAAGCCAAACUCUCAGUGAAAGGGAAAAGUCAGACCCUGUUAGCCACAGUCUUGCUUCUGAUAUAAAAUAUGCGUAUAUGAUGUCAGAAACCACACCAGCUACACAAAGCCAUAAAUCUGAAGCACCUUAUUCAAACAGCGGUGUACAAGAACAGAUCUGCCUAGUCUCUCAGGCUGGAGAAGAUUCACAUGAUCUGUUAUCUGGGACUGAAGUCCAGUGCUCUGGAGGGCACCCCUCUUCUCAGUGGACCCCAGUGCGAGCAAUCCGCUGCAAUGUCAGCGACGACCAAAACCUGAGCCCAGAGGAGCAUUUAGAGACUGCUGGAGCAUCAGCUGAGUGUGUCUCAGCUCUGAGAAUUCACCUGGACUUUGUGGACAGUACCAGCAGAACCGCAGCCAUCCUGCCCCAACACUCCCGAUUCCAUGAGCUGGACCUGCACCAAGUCGACGGAGGCUUCGCCAUCAUCAGCGAGGAGGAAGAGAGCGACAUGGUGUUCGUGAACGACACUGGGCCCAUGCACAGUCCCAGCACACGGCGAGCCAGAGCCUACCCUUUCUCCCUGUCUCCCAUCUACGAGGAGGAGUUUGGCCGCGAGGAGCCUUUGGGGCCGGAGAUGCUGCAGGUUCCUCCAGCCACCGAAGAGGAGCAGAGGAGUGUGGAGCAGCCGGCCACAUCCAUCCUUUCGCUCCUGCAGUCGGUCAGUGAGAAGCUGCAGUCCAGUGUCAUGUGUGAUUCGGUUGAGGAGUCCAUUAACACUCUGCUGAGUGACGACAACAAGGUUGAUGAUGAGAACUCCAGGAUCCUACAGAGCCACCGACUCGCUGACGAUGCUCUAGGUGGAACACAGGAGGAACAGGACAUUGAUGGCGCUCUGGGUAAUAUCGGCACGAAUGUCAAUACACCUUUCUAUCAGUACUUGAAGUCCAAAAUACUGCCUCCAGGUGAUGAAGAGCCUGGAGAAACUCAACGGAUGGUGUGUUGUAGUGCAGGCAGCACACUGGUCAUGGGAGAGACCAGAGGGUUUGGAAAGGUCAACCCUAGACCUGCAGCAGUGCUGGUCUACGAGUCGCUGAGUGGUGAGAGAAGAGAAAUCUGCGCUGACGUGGAGGAUGUUGGGAGGGAUCUGUUUGCUCACAGAGGAGCGCUGCAUGCGCUGAGAGGAUGCUGGCUGCUGUAUGUGGAUCUGUUUCACCGUGGCUCAUGUGUUGUUCUGGAAGAGGGUCAGACUGUGACCACCAGCGGAGGAUCUCAGCAGGACCUGAAGGAGACCAGGGAGCCCUGCAGCACUGAUCUGUCCGUGCUCUCCGUCCGGACACUGCUGAAGGACCACAGUGUUCCAGAGAUCCACCUGCGUCCCAGCUCGCCUCAGACCAUCCGUCUUUACUCUGCGACAGACCUGACGGAGCCUGUGCUCCUCUCUGAGCUCCACGUCGUGAAUGGAUGCUGGUUGGUUUAUGAACAGCCUAGAUUCAGCGGCAGAUCUGUUGUUCUGGAGACGGACGGGAGAGUCACGACGGUGCUUCAGAACUCGCUCCUGUCCUGCGUCAAGAGUCUCCGGCCGCUAAAGAUGGGUGGGCUGCAGGUGACCAGACCGCUGGACCCCAAGGUGCUGUUGUUUGGGAAGCUGCAGUUCCAGGGUCAGGUCAGAGAGCUGCUGGAUCACGAGCCCCGUCUGACGGAUCCCGCUGCGUCUCUGCGUGUCACGGGCGGCAUAUGGGUGGCGUUCUCCAGCGAGGGUUUCAGAGGUCAUCAGUGUGUUCUGGAGGAGGGAGAGUACUCAGACUGUACUCGACUCUUUGGCGGAGUGGACCUGAGGAUCCAGUCGCUGCGCUGCAUCCAGUCUGAUUUCCUCGAGCCGUCCAUCAGUCUAAAGAUCUCAGAUGAAGAAAUCGAGGCUCAUCGUGAGAUCCCUGAUCUGCAGGAGACCAGCGGCGUCUUCGUGAAGAGCGGAGUGUGGGUUGCGUACAGCGCUCAGUGUUUCUCAGGACAGCAGUGUGUUCUGGAGAAGGGCUGUUUUCCGGCGCUGCUGGACUGGGGCGAUGGACGGAGCUCGGCGCGAUCGCUACGACCCGUUCACAGAGAGGUCCGUCGGAUCGUGGAGCCCAAGUUUCUGCUGAGAGUCUACAGCCAGACGCAGUUCAGUGGAGAGAGCCGAGAGUUUCAGAGCGAUGUUUCUGACUGUGGAGCUCCAGGAGUCUCCUCACUGCGAGUGAUCCGGGGACGUUGGCUGCUGUUCGAUGAGGAGCGUUACUCUGGUAACCAGUAUAUCCUGUGGGAGGGACAUUACCCUGAUCUCACUUCCUGCGGCUGCACAUCCACAGCCAUCAAGUCUUUAAAGCCCAUUCCUUACAGUUUUGCGGAGCCGUGCGUGAAUGUCUUCUCUCUCAGCGGUUUUGAGGGUCUGGAGGAAAGCUUCCUUUCAGAUGCGGAGGACCGGAGCUUCUUCAUCCAGUCUGUGAGAGUCCAGAGUGGCCUGUGGGUGGCGUACGAGUACAGACGCUUCAAGGGCCGGCAGAAGCUGCUGGAGCCCGGAGAAUAUCCCGAUUGGGCAGAACACAGCGGAUGGGACACCAUCGGAUCGAUGAAACCUCUCACACAGCCCAAAGCGUUUGUCCAGCUGCGGAGCCGAGCUCUGGGUUUGGUUCUGACCAGUGAGAACAUUUCAGAUGGGUCAUUUCCAGCCAAACUCUUCCUGAGUCCCUCCAAUCGAUCUCUAGACACACAGCGCUGGAUCUUCACCGAUGGCCUGCUGAAGAACACGGCGCAGGGGGGCUGUCUGUCUGUGAUCGGGGCCAAGGCCAGUCCUGGGGCCCCUGUGGCAUUAUGGGAAGAGCACGGGCGCAUUAACCAGCGCUGGAGCAUCAAUGAAGACGGAAGCAUCUGCUCUCAUCUGAACCGCAGCCUGGCGCUGGACCUCAGAGGUGGAUUCGGCGCCGACAGAGAUCAUCUAAUCCUGAGAGAGCUUCACAGCACCACUCAGAUCUGGGACGUGGAUGUGCUGUGAUCGUCAGGGACCGAAGAAGAUCACAGCCAGUCGUUCACCUCCGGACCGAUCACUGAUUCUGGGACGGUGUCUUGUUUUAAACUGCACUGUGAGCGUGGAGGAACCUGAGGGACGAGGACCCUGUUUGUUUUUAUCUCCAGAAGCACAUUUGCACUACCAGAAACCUCACGAGUGUUCUGCAGGUGAAGUCACGCUGGAUUCGUCCUUUUAGUCCGCUGAGAAAAAGUCACGGACACCGUUUCUGUUCAAGCAUUCAGACGGUCCACUUUUAACUUAACUUAGUCAUUUCACUGGAGUCCUGCAGGAACAUUAACCUAAAUCUACCACAAACAUAUAAUGUGUACAGCGACGCUGACAAGCAGCAUUUCUAAAAGAGUCUCAACAAUAAAAACGGAAACUGUAAAAUGCG